AUGAAGAUUGCAAGCUGCGCUGGCCUCGCCAAGCCCACUUUCCUGCUCGCUCAUUACGAGUUACCCUCUUUCUCUCUCCACCGACCGCAAUUCAUCUCCAUCACGCCUCUAUACACUCCCCACAAGCUCAAGAACCGAUGUGGAAUAGUGAUGAGGAUCCAUUCCUCCAUUGCCGGGAGAAACCGUUCACCCCGCCCCAAGCAAGACAGGUUCAAACGGGAACAAGAAAAAGUCAACCCCGCCUCCUUGUACACCCACCCCACCUUAGUAGAGAUGAAAAACGAGAGAAUCGCAAACCGGGCCCGCGUCUACGAAUUCCUAAGGGGCAUCGGCAUAGUCCCCGACGAGCUCGACGGGCUGGAGCUUCCAGUCACCGCUGAUGUCAUGAAAGAACGAGUACAUUUCCUCCACAAACUCGGCCUGACGAUCGCGGACAUCAACAAUUACCCUCUCGUCCUCGGCUGCAGUGUGAAAAAGAACAUGGUCCCUGUGCUCGACUACCUCGGAAAAUUGGGCGUCCGGAAAUCGACUUUCACCGAGUUCUUGCGCCGGUAUCCUCAGGUCCUGCAUGCAAGUGUGGUUGUCGAUUUGGAACCUGUCGUGAAUUUGGGGAUACCAGAAUUGGCUGUGGCUAGGCUGAUUGAGAAGCGGCCCCACAUUUUGGGUUUUGGGCUUGACGAGAGGGUCAGACCGAAUGUUAGUCUUCUUUUGGAGUAUCAUGUCAGGCGAAGUUCAAUUGCUGGUGUGAUUGCUCAGUAUCCCGAGAUUAUGGGGAUUGACCUGGAAAAGAAGCUUCAGAGUCAACGGGGCUUUUUUACCUCUGUUAUCGAGCUGAGCCCAGAAGAUUUUGGGAGGGUUGUUGAGAAAAUGCCGCAGGUCGUGAGCCUGAGUGACCGAGCAGUAGUGAGGCAUGUGGAUUUUCUGAAGGGGUGCAAAUUUUCGUCCGAUCAGGUGAGGAAGAUGGUCUUGGGGUGCCCGCAGGUGCUGGCGUUGAAUCUGGACAUCAUGAGACUCAGUUUCGAAUACUUUUCAUCUGAAAUGGGUCGGCCAUUGGAUGAUCUGGUGAAUUUUCCGGCUUAUUUUACUUACGGCCUCGAGUCUACAGUUAAGCCAAGGCACAAAGUUAUUGCGCGCAAGGGGGUGAAGUGUUCCCUCUCGUGGCUUCUCAACUGCUCGGACGAGAAAUUUGAGGAGCGUGUGGAUUAUGAUUCGAUCGACGUGGAGGAGAUGGAGGUAGAUUCUUCCUCGUUCGAUAUGAGUACUUUGAUGAAGCCCAAUGAUGAAGAAUCGGAUACUGAAUAUGAGGAUGAUAGUGAGGACGAUCAAUAUUCUUAA